AUGGAGACCGCCUCAUCAUCCUCUUCCAUAGAAAAGAGCUAUGAACUACCCGAUGGUCAAGUCAUCACCAUUGGCAACGAACGCUUUCGGUGCGCCGAAGCACUGUUCUCGCCACCCAUCCCGUAUUUUGACUCAUAUGGAAUUCACGAGAACGCAUACAUCUGUAUCCGGUAUUGUGAUGUGGACAUUCGCAGAGACAUGUACGCCAACAUCGUCUUGUCGGGUGGAUCCAUGAUGUUUCCGGGUAUGGCUGACCGAAUGCAGAAGGAAUUAACAGCUCAUGAUCCAGAAGCUUUGCAAGUCGAGGUAAUAGCCCCUCCUGAACGUAAAUAUUCUGUGUGGAUCGGGGGUUCCAUCCUGGCCUCGCUCUCCACCUUCCACCACAUGUGGAUAACCAAACAAGAAUAUGAAGAAUCUGGAUCUUCAGUUUUUCAUAGAAAGUGCAUUUUCUGA